AUCUAUAUCUAUUCAAUUUCUUUGCUAAUGUUACUAUCAGAGGCGUUGGCGGUCGACUGCCAUUUCGUCUCAGUCGAGUCGGUAGCUGAUGCAGAGACCAUUCGCCAAAACUGUCAAGUCAUUACUGGAGGGCUUAAUAUCGGUCCGCUCACUGACAAUACCACGACCCAACACAUCAAUCUCGACGGUGUGGAAGUAAUCGAAGGACGCCUUGACUGCGCUACAGAUGAUUGGGAUACUCAUGCAUAUCAUACAUUGUCUAUCUCAACUCUGAAGAACGUUCGUUCCAUCGACUGUGGAACCACAAAGACAAGAUUACAGAGCCUCAGUCUUCCCAACCUUACGACCGUGGAAGAAAACCUUUAUAUAGGUAGCAGGGCCAAACAGCUCACCUAUGUUGACCUCACAAGUCUAGACACGGUGGGCGGCCAUUUUAUCUUUGGGCCUCCUAACAUCCUCACAUUCCGUCAUGUAGGGCUGCGCAAUCUGACAACUAUGUCACUCUCGUCAAUGAAAAUUGACUCACUUGAAAGUCUGACAGGCAGUUCGAUUAAUAUGAGCAAAGUGGAAAUUUGGGGUCCAUUCCCAAACAUCGACAGCGUUCCCAUCGGCUUUGAGUCUGUCAGAAUUGUCGACAUCCGUGGUGAUACAGCCGUAACCUUGGGUAGUCGAUCAUCGAAAAAAGUGGCAAUACAAAAUCUCCAUCUCGGUUACGGCAUCUCAGACCUUAAACGUAACGACCGACUGGACUCCCUUGAAGUCGACUAUCUGGAAUUGAAAAACGGAACUUCUAUCGAACAUUUAGAGCUCGAUUUUGAUAACCUCCGGUCUCUACAUAUUGGCCAAUACGAAAUGAACGAACCUCUGAAAACAAUCACUCUUCCUCCAAAGGCUGUCAAUUGGACAGGCGGUCUCGAGCUCUACAUCAACUCGAGUCCCGAUCUGGAUCUUACUUCGCUAUAUGCCGAUGAUCACACUGGCCGCCCCAUUCAAACCUGGUAUUGGCCAACAAACAUCAGAUCGAUUGAUAUUAGGCAUGUCCCUGUGGGAAAUGCAUUUUUUGAUCCAUUUGUCUCACAGCAGAUGGCUCCAUGGGAUAGUAUACCUGCUCCAUCAACCUUGAAAUCUUUCACCAUCUUUGCACCAGCCGACUUCACUAAUUUUUCUUGCAAACCCUUCGAAAAGCUAAAAGACAUGCGUCGUUUGCCAACUAGUGGAUGGUACGCUUGCGAGCAUUUUAUUAAAAUAAGUUCCGGUGCUAUCCACAAACUAAGCAUGCUAAGUCUUGUCAGUGCCGUAUUCGGGGCAACCAUGUUGAUACUGUGA